AUGAAGUUCCGCGGUGGCAUACUUGGAUUCAGGUCCAGCGGCAAAACGCCCGUCGUCGAAGAGACUGCUCAUAGCACUGGCAAAGAUGCCGAAGCUGGCCUCAAGACCACCGCCGCAGCCAACGUGAACAGCCCCGACGCGCCUGUUUCUCCUGACCGUGGCUGGACGCUCGACGAAAAGACCCAAGACCCGGCGGAGCGCGGAUCACCCUCCUCGGAAGAAGAUGAACCUAUCAAGCAACUGCAGUAUGGUGUGCAGCUUGCCGAGGCCACACUCAAGGUGUGGACGAGGAAAGACUUGGUCACGGCCUACGCUCUCAUCUGGCUGGUCAACUUUGUAUCGGUGUUCACGUCGGGUGUCGCCGGCACUUUUACCGUAUACGUAACAUCAGACUUUUCGGCUCACUCCCUGACAGCAACAACGACCAUUCUCUCCUCUCUAAUGGCAGGACUGAUCAAACUGCCAUAUGCCAAGUUCAUCGACAACUUCGGCCGGCCACAGGGCUUCUGUCUUGCCGUGGGCUCAAUGACGAUCGGUCUUGCGAUGAUGGCUGCAUGUCGGAAUGUCGAGACGUAUUGCGCGGCUCAGGUCUUCUACGCGAUGGGCUACAACUGCAUCGACUUCACCCUCGUCAUCUUUGUCGUCGACACCUCCCAGCUCAAGAACAGGGCUCUGAUGAUUUCGUACAUCGCCACGCCUUGGCUGAUUACCACCUGGAUCUAUGGACCCGCGUCCCAGAAGAUGCUGGAGACAAUCGGCUUCCGGUGGGGCUUUGGCAUCUGGGCUAUUAUCUUCCCGAUCGUGUGCUCGCCGCUCGCCGCCCUCUUCUGGAUCAACGCCCGCAAGGCUGAGAAGGCUGGCCUGGUUCAGGUUCCGCCCCACGGCCGUGGGUUUGUCGACAACCUACUCUACUACGGCAAGGAAUUUGAUUUCAUCGGCCUCCUCACGCUGGCCACAGGCCUUGCACUAUUCCUGCUUUCCUUUUCUCUGUACGCAAAGCAACCGGACACUUGGCGCUCGCCCUUGAUUAUUUGUUUCCUGAUCUUCGGAGGUCUGCUCGUGAUAGCCUUCGUCCUCUGGGAAAAGUACCUCGCACCAGUCACCUUUAUCCCAUGGACGCUGCUAAAGAAUCGGACCGUCAUCUUCACCUUCACAAUGAUGGCAAGUCUGUACUGCGCCUGGUAUAUUUGGGACUCUUACUUUUAUUCGAUGAACAUUGUCGUCUUCAACCAGAGCAUCACAAACGCGACGUAUAUAAACAACAUCUACACCGUUGGCUCAACAUUCUGGGCAAUCGUGAUGGGCAUCAUCAUUCGCUACAACGGACGUCUCAAGUGGCAAUCAGUGUACUUUGGCGUCCCGAUAACAAUCCUCGGAGUGUCUCUCAUGAUCCACUUCCGCCAGCCCGGCACCAACAUCGGCUACAUCGUCAUGUGCCAGAUUUUCGUGGCUCUUGGUGGCGGCACGCUGGUUAUGUGCGAACAGUUGACCGUGCAGGCUGUCUCGAAGCACCAGAACAUCCCAGCUCUUCUCGCGACAGAGGGUCUGGUCGCCAGUGUAGGUGGCGCCAUCGGCCUGUCAAUUUCAAGCGCCAUGUGGCAGGGCAUUUUCCCAAAGAACCUGGCAAAGUACCUGCCGGCAGAUGCUCAGGCCAACUUGACUGAGAUUUACGGCUCGAUUGUCGUGCAGUCUUCGUACCCCCUGGGAUCCCCGACCAGGGACGCCAUCAACAGGUCCUACGGUGACACGCAGAAGCUUAUGUUGAUCGCGGCCACUUGCCUAUACUCAAUCUCCUGGUUUUCGACCUUCUUCUGGGAGAACGUCAAUGUGAAGAACAUGCCGAAGCUUGAGGGUUUGUUGAUCUAG